AUGACCCCGAAACGAAAAACGACGAGUUCCGAAUCUUCGUCGACGAGCAGCUCGGGUUCCUCGUCGAGUAGUUCUUCGAGUUCGGACAGCGAGUCCAGUUCAUCCGAUUCCGAGAACUCCAGUAGUUCCGCCAACAGCCAAAAGGUAUCCGAUACCGAUAGAAACAAGAAGAAGCCGUCAUUCCCAGCGACUCGUCAUGUCAGAUCCAAAACUGAAGCAGUUUCCGUGCAAUCUCUGGAGAAAAGCAAAGAGAGGCAACCACCGAAACCCAGGCCGAUAGUGUAUUCCUCCGAAUCGGAAGAGUCGCCCAGCAAAGCAAAGUCUCCACAAAAAAGGAAACCUCCGGCUAAACCAAAAGCUACUGCUACGGUGGCACCAGUUGUUAAAACACAGAGACCUCCCGCGAAAUUGGCGCCUCCACCAGGACAGCAUAAAGCAGCACCUGCUUCGAAGCCAGUCAACAACAAACCCAACAAAUUUUCUGGUACGUACUGUAACGUAUACACAUGCUUCUAUCCCGCAUAUGUAAUUGAUAACCUUCAAGGUACGGCAAGUGCCAAUGGGAAGGCUCCUGAGAAAUCUGGAAAAACGUCGGAGCCGGUACAAAAAAGAUUGAAGAAAAAGAGCAUAUUCAGUCCUGAGAACAGCAGCGAGAGCGAGAGCGAAGAGAGGGCUACUGCAAAAGUUAGCGCGGUAAAGCCGACGAGCAGCACUGCGAAAUGUUCGAAAAAUCCGCCUAAAGCGAAGUUGAGUGAUACCAAGCAAAAACCCGCAGUGGCGAGCAGACCUGUUGCGAAGCCCGCGCAGCUGCAGAAGUCGGACAGUUCUGCGAGCUCAAAGAGUUCGGCGUCCUCGGCCAGCACGGACAGCAGCUCCGACUCGGAAUCGUCGGAAAGCAUCGCCAGCGCUCAGCCUUCGCCGAAGAAAAAGGAAACGCAGGCAAGCAGCACGCUGACGAAUACUGUGACCAGUGUGCCGCCUAAGAGGCCCUCGGCAACGGUCGCUCCAGUGAAAGCUCAGAAAUGCACGAAACGGCAAGAGAGAAACGCCAUCAAGAGCGAGGACGACGGGGACGCGUCCGUGAGCGACAAAGAGGUGGAGGAUCACGGGGAGGCGUGCACCACGAAAUCACCGGCUAAGGGCAAGCGAAAACUACAGACGCGCAAGGGAAGUAAAUUGCUCCUCCUGCAAACGAAAGCAGCCAGCGAUUCCGAAUCUGACGCAGAGAGCAAGAGAAGCACCAGCAAGUCCCCGGUCAAACGCGCCGGCCCGUCCACGGCUUCCAGACAGACGUCGGCUGCUAACAGAUCGGCCACGCAGAGCAGCGGUGCCACCGCCAACACCACCGGUAACAGAACAAGUCAAGCUCCUUACAACCGGGCACGCGCGACCAAGGAGCGGGAAUGUCCGCUGGCUGCAUCCUGCGACUCGCGGGGCCAUCUCUCCGGCAAGCUGGAGUCGCACUUCACCCUGGAGGCGUGUCCGUUGUAUCACAACACGACGCCGCAAGCUUGCGUAGAGUUUUACAAAGAGAGGAAGAAGCGGGAAGAGGAGCGCAAGAAGGCGAUCGCGAAUUUGGCGAAAAAGUCGCCCAAGGGUGUCCAUCAGACGACCGAGCAACGCAAUUACCAGCUGAAAGUGCGAGAGGUGAGGAACAAGUGGAAGGCCGGCGACGUUAACGACAGCGACAGCGGCGGUGAGAUCCAAGGGAACGAGAAGGACCGGCAGCCUCGGCUGAACAAUCUCGCGCCCGACUACGACUUGAAACUAUUCAUGGAGGCUCAAGCGGUGGCGAGCGAAAAGAUUGAGAAGGAAUUGAAAGAGUUGGAUUGCGACGGCGAAGGUAGAAACGGCGGCGGCACGCGAGUCGUCGAGAUGGGAAAGUGGGAGAUGGAAGUUUGGUACCAGAGCCCGUAUCCCGAGGAAUUCAGCCGUGCCCCGAAGCUUUACCUUUGCGAGUAUUGCCUGAGGUACGCCAAGAGCCGUCAAGUACUGAGGAGACACAGGGAGAAAUGUUUGUGGAGGCAUCCACCGGGACACGAAGUCUACAGGAAAGACAAGAUUGGCGUAUGGGAAGUGGACGGCAAGCGGUAUAAGCAGUACUGCCAGAAUCUCUGUCUGCUGGCGAAAUUUUUCUUGGAUCACAAAACGCUCUACUAUGACGUGGAGCCGUUUCUCUUCUACGUAAUGACCAUCGGCGAUUCCGAGGGCUGUCACACGGUCGGAUACUUCAGCAAAGAGAAGAAUUCCUUCCUCAACUACAACGUGUCCUGCAUCUUGACGCUGCCACCUUACCAGAGGCAGGGCUACGGCCGGCUUCUCAUAGAUUUCAGUUACUUGCUGACCAGAGUCGAGAAGAAGAUCGGCUCGCCGGAGAAACCGCUGUCGGAUUUGGGCCUGAUCUCGUAUCGCAGCUACUGGAAGGACGUUCUGCUGCAGUACCUCUGCAAUUUCGGCGGCAAGGAGCUCUCCGUCAAAGAUAUCAGCAAGGAAAUGGCCAUCGACUCGUAUGACAUCGUCAGCACUUUACAGGCGCUCGGUAUGAUGAAGUACUGGAAGGGCAAGCAUAUCAUUCUGAAGAAACAGGACGUGAUCGACGACUACAAGGAGAGGGUGAAGAGACGGGGCCCCGUCUACAAAGAGAUCGAUCCGGAGUGUCUGAAAUGGAACCCCUUCCAGCCGCCCAAGACGCCCUCCGCCUCGAACUAAGGCCUGCGGAAGCCUGGAACUACGCCACCUUCCGCCUCCUCUCUUGUCGGCUCCAAACGACGGUCGAUCCUCGUCGUCGUCAUCGUCGCCGCUACCGUCGUCGUUCGUGUCUUCUGGUCAGUUCUCGUGAAACGGGAACGCCGCCAUCGGCAGAUUCCACGCCCAUAACGUUCGGUAAGAGCCGUGGAAAUCCUUCCGGGAAGCAUCCCCUCGUCCUGCACCCGGAGGUUGCGGCGAUGCAGUAUCGUGUUCUAUUGGCGAUAUCGUUAAGGCUCGCCGCAAGCAGCCGACUUUCCCGGUCGGUUUAAGAGCGUUGUAUUGUGGUACGGAGUUCAAUUUGCUGGCUCCGACUAUUGACCGUCGCAGCGAAGAGGGCGAGAAGGGACGAGCCGCCGGGAGUAUCGUUAUAUAACGUACGAUUAUUCUGUAUUCCGCGAGGUGUCUACUAUAUACCUGAAAUUCUCAGCGAAUCCUCCUCCGACCCGGGAAAUUGAAAAUUCUCCCGGGAAGUUUUCGUUGAGGUUGUCUCCUCAAAGUUAUCAUUUUUAUACUUCGGAACUACUGGGAAUUGCACGGAACUCUUCGAUACUCCUUCAAAUUUAAUGUUUCGUAAACGGUUCCUUUCAUUUUUCUCCUCUUUCGCAAACACCGAUUAAGUGACGCGAUUAGGAAACACACCAGUAGAGGUAGGCGACAAAUUCGUCUUAAAUUUAAGAACACGCUAAUUUCCUUCGCUAAUUUUGUUCCUCUCGUAGAAGAAAUUCCGAGAAAAUGGAGGAACUGUCGGAAGAUUUUUACGUCCACGGUUGAGCAGACAUCUUGGUGUAUAAAGCGAGUUCGUGUAAGAUAUCUGCACGUAGCGGAUAUUACUAAACCAACGGCGAUAAACCUCCUUCUCUCUCUCUCUCUCUCUCCUUUCCACUACGUCGAUGCUGCGCCGAGUUCGUUGGUGCAUCGACCUUGGCACCUCUCAUUGGUGCAACCUCGUUGGUGCAGUAAGUUGCAUAACGGGCGGCGCGAUAACGCGCCGGUGCAUCGAUCAGAUUGCGUCGAAUGCGCUUACAGCGAACAGUGGACCGCCGAUUCAAAAUCCCCGGUCACGAAUUUCGUGGCAAUGUGCAAAAAGACACGUGGAUGACCCCGAGUUCCGUAAAGGGGAAAAAAAAAAAUUAUUCACGCGCGCGGCCGCGUGAACUCGAGAAAAUGAUAUCCCUUCCUGAAUCCACGUUUGACUGCUGUCGUGAAUAAGAUUGCUUAAGAUAUAAAAUAAAUGACACUCGAGCGAUAAUUUUAAUAUUACUGUAGAUAUUUCCAUAAUGUGCGUCAACGUGAAAAUAAAGGAGAACGUAUUGAAAAGUUUCGGCCCGCGUGUAUUCGGUAUGCUGGAUGCGCGACAAUUUCUCGAGCAUCGAAGCCUCCGGAUUGCCAUGGAAUUCAUUCGUCACCGGCCGCUUAUGCGGACAGUCGCGAUGUGCGGAGGAGAGAGAAGCGCGAGAUUCCCGGCCGUUUAAUUUUCGCCGGUCGGCGAAUAACUUCAGCGCUGAAGUGCGCGCGACUAUAUCAUAACUAUACUGCGGCCGCAAGACAUAGGCACGAGAGAUACGUUAUUGAUCGGUCUACCAAGGUGCAUGCCUGGCUGCAGAACAGAGAGCGAGAAAGAGAGAGGGAGAGAGACGGAGGGGCUUGCCAGCGAUGCAGAGGCCCACCACCGGCCUCGAUCGCGUCGUUGUGAGCAAUGUGAAAAUAACUUGGAAAGCUAUCGAGUCAAGGUCGCGCGCGGGUUCAAUUUAAAUACAUCAGUGUCUCUGGUCGCGCACUGGCUGAUAGCAGCUGAGCCGAGGACCGGCCGAGAUCGUUUUGCGCGCGCGCACGUCGACAGCUGGAAAGAAAUCCCGACGGCUGCUCAUUUCGGAGUCUCUCUCUCUCUCAGGUCACAACGGCUGCUCCCGAUAUUUCUCCGGAGUGACGCGAACGCUCAAGGUACCGACCGGUGAAAUAUUACUUUCAUCUUAUCGCUCGAGCGAAUUCGUCCGCGAACGGACGACGCGAGUCGUCGGGUUCAUUCGCGAACGUCGUUAAAAAUAUCGCAGCUUUCGGCUGAAAUAUCACGUCUCCCUCCCCUCCCUCCCUCAAUUUGCUCAAUCACGAUUGUUCCGCUCGAAGCGUUUCUUUCUCUCUUUCCUUCUCCCGCCGCGUCAAUUUUAAUUAUUACCUUCCAGCUGGCGAGUCCCUUUGCGAACGGUAACUUGUUAACUUUAACCGGCCCGCCUCGGAUUUUCCAGCUCGUAUCGAUCAUACCUCGGCCGAGAGCCUCGCCGUGGGCGACGCGCAGAGAGAGAUGUGUAAGAGAGAGAGAGAGAUAGAUGCUCCCGCGAACUCGCCCGACUUGGCGGUGCCAAACUAUCGAGAGCAAUCGCGAAACUCCGAGUGGACGGAGUGACGUGCGUUCUAUCUCUCUCUCGCCGGACGUUUCGCGGCGGCGGUAUCCUUUCACGGAGAUUAGAACCGGUGUAAUUCCGUCGAAUGCAAUUUCGGCCGAUCACUCGCGUUUCGAUCGGCGCGAUAAAUCAUAAAGAUCGAUCGAGAGCGCGCCCACUACCUAUAAAUAUCGAUUAAAAAGAGUCAGCUCCGCAAACGGACGUUCUUCUCGGUGAGGAGCGGGCUUUACAUGCCGCGGCUGUGUUCAACGCAUGGAACGAGUCAUGUAUAGUCGGCGUCUCGCGUAUGCUAUACAAUAUCUUGCAUAAAAGAAAUACGCGACUUUUCAGCCUUACACACGGAUAAGAUCGAAAGUGUUAUAAUUGGAAUCAUUACAACCCACCUACCAUUACGUAGUUAGAGUUACACGGAGAAAAAAAAAUUAGUAUCAAUUCGAGACUUAUAUUCUCGUGUAUAAGAAAGAACAUAUAAUCUUGUAUAAAGGUGAAACUUGCUUACACGAAGGAAGAUCUUAUGUGUUAAAAAUAUUGUAUCAUAUUGUAAUUAAUCAAGAAUAAUUAUCAUGAAGCGAGAGGAAUAAGUAGCUGAGAGAAAGAACGAUAUCUUCGAACCGAUACAAUUCUUAGUUUUCCGUGUACUUGUGCGAUCUUCAACCACACGCGCUGAGAGAAAGAUAUAGUUAUUUUCGGGGACAGUAUCAGCUGUUUUUUUUUAUUUUAACCACGAAAAUAGUAGUAGCAACAUGCACGUACGAUUAUUAUCACUGACAAUAUAGUAAAACUUUGUGGAAAAAUAGUUUGUUUGACCAUUUUUGUGGUACGGGUUGUGUAUAAAACUGAAAAUCGUGCCAUUCUCCGUCUAAAAGAAUAACACAGCAUACAUGAGACGUCGAGUGUACAGUCGGCGGGGUUAAAUGUCGCAACACCUUCUCGAUGAAUUUCGCAUCCCGCGCCCAAUAGGAGGAUUGUUUUGCUUUAAGUAAAUAAUCAGAAGGUACAUUUUUCUAUCGGAGAUGCGUUGCCCAUCGGGAAAAAAAUGUCAAUCCGCCGGCUUGUGCGUCGCGAUCCGCGAUGGAAAUUACAGGCACAGUACUUUUCGUCGCCUCAAGACCGUUUAUUUAUUUCAACGAGCGAUCUCGUAGUGGCUCUCUUAACCCUUGGCUCGUCGCAACGGGAUCGGUCCGUUCCACUCGAUAUAUUUUUCUACCCGACGAUUCUCCCGUGUCGCCAUGUAGCGAUUGUUUGUCUUCGCGGGAGUGCGACUGCCGCGCGUGACCGAACAAACAAUGGCUGCGUUCAGGGCGGAGGAAGAAGCUCAGCGAGCGCUCAGUGAUUAUCGUCCGGAGUAUUCUUCUAGAUACUCGAUAGAUCCGAGAGAAUGUACCAAUCGGGAGAGCAAUAACCGUCGAGCGCGCUCACCGAGCUGUUUUCUCCGCCGAACGCGGCCAAUGUGAGACCCCUUCGAUCGGGCAGUUGUUAAUCGUAACGCUCGAAUGUUACAUACCAUACCAUACUGUAAUCGAUGGUGCGUGUACAUAUACAUAUGUAAAGUUAAGAGACGAUAAUUCAGAGAAACGGUAAACGUAUAUACAUAUAUAGAGAGAGACAAUAGAUACGAUAAAGAAAAUUUUGUAAUCGUUGUUGUGUCAUCGUCGCGCACUGAUAAGACUGUGUCGCGACGUAUGCAAUAAUAAAGCGUAAUAUAAAUCUAUAAAUAAAUCGAUACUCACUUUCACCUUUGGAUCGCCCCCGAUCACGGGGAGAACCGAUCGCGAGAUCGAAGAAAUCAA